AUGGAGCCCAUGCUGCUGUGCCCAAGUUCCUCCAAGAGCAGGGCAGCCCCAGACGUUGUAGGCAAGAAGAACGCGGGGCAGGAGGGUAGGGAGGCUGGAUUGUCUAACCGAGUCCCUCGCCUCCUCUGCCCACAGGCCCUUCUCCUCCUGGGGCUGAACUCCAUCUCCGCCUCCCUCCAGGACCAGCAUUGCGAGAGCUUGUCCGUGGCCAGCAACGUCUCUGGACUGCAGUGCAAUGCUUCCGUGGACCUUAUUGGCACCUGCUGGCCCCAGAGUCCUGCAGGGCAGCUGGUGGUUCGACCCUGCCCUGCUUAUUUCUACGGCGUCCGCUACAAUACCACAAACAAUGGCUACCGGGAGUGCCUGGCCAAUGGCACGUGGGCCGCUCGCGUGAACUACUCCGAGUGCCAAGAGAUCCUCAGCGAGGAGAAGAAGAGCAAGGUGCACUACCACAUCGCGGUCAUCAUCAACUACCUGGGCCACUGCAUCUCCCUGGCGGCCCUCCUGGUGGCCUUUGUCCUCUUUCUGCGGCUCAGGAGCAUCCGGUGCCUGAGAAACAUCAUCCACUGGAACCUCAUCUCAGCCUUCAUCCUGCGCAAUGCCACGUGGUUCGUGGUUCAGCUCACCAUGAGCCCCGAAGUCCAUCAGAGCAAUGUGGGCUGGUGCAGGCUGGUGACAGCCGCCUACAACUACUUCCACGUGACCAACUUCUUCUGGAUGUUCGGCGAGGGCUGCUACCUGCACACGGCUGUCGUGCUCACGUACUCCACGGACCGGCUGCGCAAAUGGAUGUUUAUCUGCAUCGGCUGGGGUGUGCCUUUCCCCAUCAUUGUGGCCUGGGCCAUUGGAAAGUUGUACUACGACAAUGAGAAGUGCUGGUUUGGCAAAAGGCCUGGGGUGUACACUGAUUACAUCUACCAGGGCCCGAUGAUCUUGGUCCUGCUGAUCAAUUUCAUCUUCCUUUUCAACAUCGUCCGCAUCCUCAUGACCAAACUCCGGGCAUCCACCACCUCUGAGACCAUUCAGUACAGGAAGGCUGUGAAGGCCACUCUGGUGCUGCUCCCCCUCCUGGGCAUCACGUACAUGCUGUUCUUCGUGAACCCUGGGGAGGACGAGGUCUCCCGGGUCGUCUUCAUCUACUUCAACUCCUUCCUGGAAUCUUUCCAGGGCUUCUUCGUGUCUGUGUUCUACUGCUUCCUCAACAGCGAGGUCCGCUCUGCCAUCCGGAAGAGGUGGCACCGCUGGCAGGACAAGCACUCAAUCCGUGCCCGUGUGGCUCGCGCCAUGUCCAUCCCCACCUCCCCCACCCGUGUCAGCUUUCACAGCAUCAAGCAGUCCACAGCAGUGUGA